GGGCCGGCGCGUCACGUGGCCGCGCAACGUCCUGGGCGCCGAGCAGCGGGCGGGCAGCAGGCAUGGACACUCAGGUGGCUGGGGCCCAGGCGCCGGAGGCUGCGGGGCCGCCUCGGGGUCCCUCGCUGUUGAGCACGCGGGAGGCGCCCCGCAGCCCGGAGGUGAGCGCCGCGCGGGGGCGGGGCAGCCACCACCUGCGGCCGGGCAGGGCAGGGAAGUCGCGGGUUGGGGGCGGUGUCGGGCGAGGCCGCUCGGAUGCCGAGCGCCGUCGGGGGCGCGCUCAGGCCGGCGGGGAUGAUGGCGAAAGCCGAAGGCCAGGGCCCCGGCAUCCCGGGGCGUGGGCGGGGAGGCUGCAGGCCCGGGGGCUUCCUGGGGUCCUCAGUGAAGGGAGGCGAUACCUUCCUGUUAUCGAUUUCUUAGCCAGUGGAGCACAGAGCAUCCCUAAUAACAUUCCUACCCAUGGCGAGGACACACAUUGUAAAGAGGAAGGCUUUGCUGUGGAAAAGAAUACCUGGGAGCUGUCAGAAGGAACACGGUGUCCACUCAAGGAACAGACUGCUGAUCUUUUUAAUGAGGACUGGGAUUUGGAGUUGAAAGCAGACCAAGGGAAUCCUUAUGAUGCUGAUGACAUUCAGGGGAGCAUUUAUCAAGAGAUCAAACCUUGGGUGUGCUGUGCCCCACAAGGAGACAUGAUCUAUGACCCCAGUUGGCACCACCCUCCUCCACUGAUUCCCCAUUAUUCCAAGAUGGUCUUUGAAACAGGACAGUUUGAUGAUGCUGAAGAUUGAAUGCAGAGCUUUCUGCUUUAUAGUAGGUGGGUCCUGCAGGUUAAAGUCUCUCUUCCUGUCUUUGAAGUGAGAUGUCCUAUUUGAGACAAUGUUCUCAGUAAUUCCAGAGUCUGGGUUGCACAGAUCUGUGUUAAAUAAGGUCUUACUGUUUCCCCUAGUUCUGUUGUUGUUGUUUUAAUGAACUCCUCCUUGGGAUGUAUGAGUAUUUGUGCCUGGGUCAGGAGGGGUUGUAUUCUUUAUAAAUAAAAAUAGGAAAAAGCGAUCAAUA